AUGGGUUCUUUGCUGCGUCGAAUCACACACUCUUUAAAUUCCUUGAAACCCAACACUCAACUGAUCCACACAAACUCGACACCAAACAAUGUUGUCAGAGCCAUUUGUGAUUCUUUCAAAUCCGGUUGGAGUUGGGAUGCUCUGACCUCAAAAUUUGCUUGUGUGAAAUUAGAUGCAAAACUCGUUGAGAAUGUAUUGUUGGAACUGAAGGACCCAAAUGAUGCCAAACGUGCUCUGGGUUUCUUCCAUUGGGUGUCAAAAAGGAAAGAUUUUGAUCAUGGGGUCUGGUCCUACUCCAUCACCAUUCACAUUUUGGUCAGAGCCAAGAUGGCCAUGGAUGCUAGAGCUUUGAUGGAAUCGGUUUUGAAGAAGAAUGUUGGAGAUUCGUUGAAGUUUUCGGUUGUGGAUUCGUUACUUAGUAGUUAUGAGGUCACUGCUUCAAACCCUUUUGUGUUUGAUUUGCUAGUACAGACUUAUGCUAAGAUGAGAAUGUUUGAGACUGGUUUUGAUGUUUGUUGCUAUUUGAGGGAGCGUGGGCUGCCUUUAAGUCUUAUAAGUUACAACACUUUGCUUCGUGUUGUCGAAAGAUCGGAGCGAAAUGCUUUGGUUUGGAAGAUUUAUGAGCAUAUGGUGGGACGGAGGAGUUAUCCGAAUGAAGAGACGGUUAGAAUCUUGAUUGAUGCUUUGUGCAAGGAAGGGGAGCUGCGGAAGUAUGCCGACAUGUUGGACAGGAUUCAUGGGAAGAGGUGUUCUCCUUCUGUGAUUGUGAAUACUAGUUUGGUGUUUAGGAUUUUGGAGGAGGGUAGAGUUGAAGAAGGUAUGGUGUUGUUGAAGAGAAUGUUGCAAAAGAAUAUGGUUCUUGAUACAAUUGCUUACUCAUUGAUUGUUUAUGCUAAAGUUAAACUAGAAGAUUUAGGCUCUGCACAGCAGGUGUAUGAAGAAAUGCUUAAGAGAGGUUUUCGAGCAAACUCUUUUGUCUAUACCUUGUUCAUCGAGGCUCAUUGUAAAGCGGGAAGAAUUGAUGAAGCACAAUCAAUGAUGAAUGAGAUGGGAAAUAUGGAUUUGAAGCCAUAUGAUGAGAGCUAUAAUUUUCUUAUCGAGGGAUGUGCUAAAGCAGGUAGAGUGGAAGAAAGUGUGAAUUACAUGAAGCAGAUGAUGGAGAUCAGGUUCAUUCCUAGUCUUGGGGCAUUCAAUGAGAUGGUCGGAAAGCUAUGUGAAAUUGGGGAUGCGGACCAAGCCAAUGUGAUGUUAACUAUACUGUUAGAUAAAGGGUUCUCACCGAAUGAGAUUACAUACUCUCUUCUGAUUGACGGAUAUGCUAGAAAAGGGAAGAGUGAUGAAGUUCUCAAGCUCUUUUAUGAGAUGGAGUCCAGGUCGCUUUCUCCUGGAAUGUUGGUUUUUACAUCCUUGAUAAAGAGCUUUUGCCAAUGCGGGAAAUCGGAGGAAGCAAAAAAGUACUUCAGAAUCAUGAAAGACCGAUCAAUAGCCCCAAGUAUAUCUACAUAUGAGAUAUUUCUUGCGAACCACUUCGAGCAGGGAAACACAGAAAGGGCUGAUUGCUUGUCGAGGAAUGAAAUGGUUUUACAGGACUGA